UUCCUGCCCCUCCUGUGCUAGACAUCAGACGGGGUCACCACAGAACUGUCUGCCCUUCCCUACUUUUCCGUACCCACCCCUGCGUUCUUAUUUCCGUGCCCCCGGGGGAACGCACCAUGCCGGUGGUUGGCGUCGCCUCCAAGCUUAGGCAGCCCUCCGUGGUGGGCGGUAAGCCGGUGCACCCCGCGCUCCCCAUCCCCAGCGCGGUCAGGUCGGCCGCCUCGCAGGGCUACGCCGCCCGGCAGCAGGAGCUCGGGGCUGGGCUCUCCUGCCAGCUGUCCAUCAAGUCCGGGUACCAGAGGACACCUGAGGGGAAGUCCAGAGCAGACACGGAGGAGAGCAAGAUCUGCAAGAUCUACACAGACUGGGCCAACCACUACCUGGCCAGGUCUGGCUGUCAGCGCCUCAUCAAGGACUUGAGCCAGGACGUCACCGAUGGAGUCCUGCUGGCACAGAUCAUCCAGAUCAUAGCCAAUGAGAAGGUGGAGGAUAUCAAUGGCAGCCCCAGGAGUCAGUCGCAAAUGAUCGAGAAUGUGGACGCCUGCCUCAGUUUCCUGGACGCCAGAGGAGUGAAUGUGCAAGGGCUCUCGGCAGAAGAGAUCAGGAAUGGCAACCUGAAGAGCAUCCUGGGCCUCUUCUUUAUCCUGUCGCGCUACAAGCAGCAGCAGCAGCAGCAGCAGCAGUACUACCAGUCCCUGGUGGAGCUCAGCCAGCAGACCAGCAGCGGCGCCCCGACCGCCGGCGGCCCCAGGACGCAGGAGAUGCAGUCCAGUCUCACAGCGCGAUAUGCAAGUCCUCCGGGCCACAGUGGAAUAGGGUCACCACAGAAGAAAAACACAAGGUUGCCAGGCCCCUCCAGAGCACCUGCUGCAGGCGGCGGGUCCUCCAGGAGCCCGGGCUCGUCCAACCUCAACCGUCGCAGCCAGAGCUUCAACAGCAUCGACAAGAGCAAGCCCCUCCAGUAUGCCAGCGGCAACGACAGAGAAGCGGUGAGGAGCAUCCCAGUACCCGUCGGGAUGAACGGGAGCGGCACAGGCGGGACGGUCCCCACCAGCCUCAGUGGGCAGCAGCUGGCCUCUGCCAUCCCCUCGCACGCUGCCGGCAAGUCCUGGCGCAGCAAGUCCAUGAACCUCAAGCACAGCGCCACUUCGUCCAUGCUGGCAAGCCCCACGCACUCCCCCAUCCUCUCACCCCAGGCCUCUGAGGGCCUUCACCCGCACGGAGGGGAUGGGUCAAAAGCAGGGUCGGCCGGUAGUGGCGGAGCCCAGAGGUCAAUGCUGGAGAAGUUCCGCUUGAUCAACCCCAGAUCGGCUUCACGCGCGUCUGCGUCGGUGGCGGAGAUGUCUCUGCAGGAGGAGGACGACAUGUUGGAGUACGGCGAAGAGGAAUUGACGCCCACGGGGUCGGUGUGCAGCAGCAGCGGUAACAACGCUACGUCCAAGCAGAUGUCUACCAAGACCACAGCGCCGUCCCUCGCUGCACCAAGCAGGACCUCCUCUUCCUCCAACCCUUCAUUUUCAAAAGCGUCUGCCAACGGCAGCAGAUCCGUGGCCUCGUCCAAAGACAAGGAGGACAGAGGCAGAUCUGGGAAGUCCUCUAAAGACAGCUCUCCACCCAAAGAGGAGCGUGAGUCAUUCGCCGACCCCACCAAGAAGACCUCUAAAAUUGCCAGCCUCAUCCCCAAGGGGGGGAAGCCGUCAUCGGGAAAGAAAGACGGAGGCACCUCCUCGGCUACCAGCAGCAUCCCCAAGUCGGGACUCAAAGCUCCCUCACAAACAGCGUCUAAGCCUCAGAGCCAGGCCACCUUGAACAGCAGCGGCAACAUGCGGGGUGGAGAGGGGGACCGAGCCAAGCUGACAAAAGGGGGCCAAGGCGGGAGUUUCUACAUACAGCGGCCCGGUGGGGGCCCAGAGGGCAAGAGGACCAGCAUGACCUCCUCCACCAGCACCUCAGCCCUGUCUGGGACCAGUGGGAUAAUGGGAGGAGGAGCCCUCGGAGGGAACGGAGUAGUUCAGCUUCCCCAGCAGCAGCAGCACAACCACCCCAAUACUGCCACUGUGGCCCCCUUCAUGUACAGGACAUUCUCAGAAAACGACUGCACCAUGGUGGCCCCAGCUGACCCCUGCCUCAGCCCCACCAAGGGAGAGCUGGUCUACAGCAAGACAGCCAAACAGUGCCUGGAGGAGAUAUCAGGAGAGGACCCUGAGACGAGACGCAUGAGGACGGUGAAGAACAUUGCCGACCUGCGGCAGAACCUGGAAGAAACCAUGUCCAAUCUUCGGGGGACACAGAUCAGCCACAGUACACUAGAAACCACCUUCGACACCACGGUGACCACCGAGGUCAAUGGGCGGAGCCUACCAGCCCUGACCACGCGCUCCUCCCCCAUGGCCUGGCGUCUGGGCCAAACACAAACCCCACGCCUCCAGGCAGGCGACGCGCCUUCAUUGCCCAGCAGCUACGCUGCGCCCAGAGCGAGCACGACGAGCGCUGGCACCACCACCGGGCGCUACAGCGGCCACUCGGACCCCUCCAGGUUUGUGUACAGCGCCCCGCUGAGGCGAGCGGCAGCGGGGGGCAGAGGGGCGGAGCAGGGGGAGAGUGCAGCAGGAGGGAAGCAGAUGGAGGUGGCAGGGUACGUGAGUGAUGGGGACAUCCUAGGGAGGAACGGCCGGACGGAUGAGAUCACAAGCGGAUACCUCACCGACGGCGGCCUGCAUUUGUAUGCGCGGAACGCGGGCCGAGCCUCCGACCCCGCCGCCCCCUCUCGAGAAGCGUCCCAGAGAGGCAGCAAAGAGAUGCAGGGAGACAUAGACAGUUGGGACGACAGCAGCUCUGUGAGCAGCGGCCUGAGUGACACACUAGACAACAUCAGCACUGAUGAUCUGAACACGGCCACCUACUCCGCCGCCAGCUCAUCGCGAAAAACCAAAGGGGUGCAGUCCCAAAAAGGAAGCAGGUCCAAACAUGCAGAGCAAGAGGUGAGCAGCAGCUGGGCCGGAGCCGAAGACCUGAAGAAGGUGGAGGAAGAGCUGGAUGCUAGCAUGGACCCCGGCAGCGGCUCCUCGCGCUGGAAGCCCUCCUCGUCCUCCUCUACCGCUCAAGCCCAGAGUCAGUAUGAGGACGCCGGGCAAAAGGCCACGCAGACGGGCUCGUGGAGGCGGGGCAUGACGGCCCAGGUGGGCAUCACGCCGCCCAGAACCAAGGGUGCCUCCGCUGCUCACAAAACACCAGGCAAAACGGAUGACGCUAAGGCCUCGGAGAAGGGCAAGGCGCCUUCCAAGAGUUCACCCGCCAUCCAGCGCUCACCCUCUGAUGCCGGAAAGAGUAGUGGAGACGAAGGUAAGAAACCUCCCUCCGGCAUCGGACGCCCACCCACCACGGCGUCUUUCGGAUACAAGAAGAUCCCAGGUUCCAGCGGUACCCUUAUCACCUCGAGCGGGGCAACACUGGCCAGCGGCUCAGCCACCCUGGGCAAGGCGCCCAAAUCCUCAGCUGCCCUCGGCAAAGGCACAGGCAUCGGCGGUGUGCGCAAGACCAGCUUGGACGGCACACAGCCUCAAGACGACGGCGUCCUGCUCAGCUGCAGCGCCUCCAAAGUGACCCUGCAGUACCGCUCUCUGCCCAGACCGGCCAAAUCCCCCAGCGGAACGGCAGCGGGCCGCGGCGGGCACCGCUCCAGCUCCACCAGCAUCGACUCCAACGUCAGCAGCAAGCCAGCCGGGACGGCGCCGACGCAAGCAGGCGCCAAACGCAGGGACGGAAAGGUGGGCUCCGACCGCUCCAGUCCCAUCACCAUCAACCAGACGGACAAGGAGAAAGUGGCGGUGUCAGACCAGGACGCCGCUUCAGGACUAUCCACCUCCCCAAAGUCCAGCCCCACCUCCAGUUCAACCAGCCAAUCGGGCCUCAGGCAGCCGGGCUCCAAGUACCCGGAUAUCGCUUCCCCUACGUUCCGCAGAUUGUUUGGCACCAAAGCCAGCAGCAAGGCCAGCUCUCCGGGCACUCCCGACUCUGGCAAGUGCCCCUCAAUACUGGGCAGCCCCCACGGCACACUGGCGAGGCAGGCCAGUCUGGACUCGCCCUCCUCUGGCACGGGGAGCCUGGGCAGCGCUGGUGGCCUGAGUGGCGGCAGUAGCCCGCUGUACGGUAAAACCCCAGACCUGUGCACCGACUCCCCGGCCUCCAGCCCGGCCUCUGGCCUCUCCUUGCCCUCCAACGCUCGGCCCUGGCCGGCCUGUAGCUCGUCAGCUGGCAGCAAGGACACGCUGAGCUGCCAAAGCAUGACCAGUCUGCACACCAGCUCUGAGUCCAUUGAUCUCCCGCUGGGCCACCACGGGUCCAAGGUUACACGAACCGGCAGUGUCAAGUCCACCCUGUCUGAGGGCAUGCCUCUUGACAGAAACACGCUUCCCAAAAAGGGACUGAGGUACCCUCCGUCCUCCAGGCAGACGUCCCAUGAGGAAGGGAUGGAGUGGCUGAGGUCCCAUUCAACAGGAGGGCUUCAGGACACAGGCAGCCAGUCCCCACUGUCUCCUCCCGGAGCGUCCUGCACAAACACUGGAAAAUACCACUACUCCAACCUGUUGAGCCCAACUAACAUCUGCCAGUACAACCUGCAACCAGGCAGCACCAACAUGAGUCGCUCCAACAGCAUCCCUGCCCAGGACUCCUUUGACCUAUACGGGGAGGGCCAUCCGCUGGGUGGCAGCGCAACCUCCCUAGAGGACCGCCCUGGACGCGGAAUCAGCCGCUCAGGCUCCUUCAGGGACAGCACCGACGAAGUCCAUGGCUCUUCAUUGUCUCUGGUCUCCAGCACGUCUUCAUUGUACUCUGCGACGGAGGAGAAAGCACACUCAGAGCAAAUCAGAAAGCUUCGUCGGGAGCUCGACGCCUCUCAGGAGAAGGUGGCGACCCUGACGUCUCAGCUAUCUACCAAUGCUCAUCUGGUGGCAGCCUUCGAGAAGAGUCUGAGUAACAUGACCUGCCGCCUGCAGAGCCUCACCAUGACGGCCGAACAAAAGGAGUCUGAGUUGGUUGAGUUGAGGGAAACGAUAGAGACGCUGAAGACCCAGAACACCGACGCACAGACCGCCAUCCAGGUGGCGCUCAACGGCCCCGACCACCUGCACAAAGACCUGCGCAUGCGACGGCAGCACUCGUCAGAGAGCAUGUCCAGUAUCAACAGUGCAGCCAGUCACUCCAGCAUGGGCAGCAUGGGCAAGGACGCCGAGGACAAGAAGAAGAAGAAGAAGAGCUGGUUGCGCAGCUCUUUCAAGCACGCGUUCAGCAAGAAGAAAACCAAAUCGCAGUCGGCGCAUGACGAGAUGGAGGAGACGAUCGACUCGCUGCCAUCCUCGCCCAAACUGCAGCACAACAACAGGCAAGGCAGCAUCGGCACGCUGCAUCCUCGGCCCUCCACCCACCGAGUGAGUCUUGUCUGCGAAUGCACCGAAGCCGAGGCAGAAACCAUCCUCCUGUUGAAGAACGAGCUGAGGGAGAAGGAGCUCAAGCUGACAGACAUCCGCCUGGAGGCGCUCAGCUCGGCACACCACCUCGACCAGAUACGAGAGGCCAUGAAUCGCAUGCAGAACGAGAUAGAGGCACUGAAGGCGGAGAACGAUCGCCUCAAGUCCAGCGGCAACGCCACGCCAACGGCCACGCCCGUCAAGGCGGCCCGGCCGCCAUCCGAGACCUCCAGCACGUCCUCGUCCUCCUCCCGCCAGUCCCUAGGGCUGUCGCUCAACAACCUCAACAUCACUGACACCAUCAUGUCAGAUAUUCUGUUGGAUGAAAGCUACGAGGGCAAUUUGCGCAAAGAGGGCCGUAGUGUGCGAAUAGUGGUCACCAUCUGCAGCGGGCCAUAUACCACCAAGGGUACAGAUGACCAAGCGCACCUGAUCGGGUCCAUAGGUGUGAGUGGGAAAACCAAGUGGGACGUCCUGGAUGGGGUCAUCAGACGCCUCUUCAAGGAGUAUGUGUUUCGGGUGGACCCCCAUACCAGCCUGGGUCUCAGCUCAGACAGCAUCGUCUCCUACAGGAUAGGUGAGGUGGUUCGCUCCCACGCCUCCGAAGUGCCUGAGCUGCUGCCCUGCGGCUACCUGGUGGGCGACAACAACGUCAUCAAGGUCAACCUCAAAGGAGUGAAGGAGAACAGUAUAGACAGCCUGGUGUUUGACACGCUGAUCCCAAAGCCAGUCGUCCAACGGUACCUCAACCUGCUGAUGGAGCAUCGUCGCAUAAUCCUCUCAGGACCCAGUGGCACCGGCAAAUCCUUUCUGGCUGCCAAGCUGGCCGAGUACAUCAUUUCCCAGAUGGGACGGCCGGUGACAGAGCACAACGUGGCCAGCUUUAACGUGGACCAGAAUUCCAGCAAGGACCUGCGGCAGUAUCUGUCCAACCUGGCAGAGCAGUGUAACUCUGAGGAGACAGACACAGAGCUCCCCACUGUGGUGAUCCUGGACAACCUCCACCACAUCGGCUCCCUCAGUGACAUAUUCAACGGUUUCCUCAACUGCAAGUACUACAAAUGCCCUUAUGUUAUUGGGACCAUGAACCAGGGAGUCUCCUCCUCUCCUAACCUUGAGCUACACCACAACUUCAGGUGGGUUCUGUGCACCAACCACACUGAGCCGGUCAGAGGCUUCUUGGGCCGUUUCCUGCGGCGAAAGCUGAUAGAGACGGAGAUCGAUAAGAGCAUGCGCAGUAAUGACCUGAUUAAGAUCAUCGACUGGAUUCCCAAGACCUGGCAGCACCUCAAUGGCUUCCUGGAGGCACACAGCUCCUCGGAUGUCACCAUAGGUCCCCGUCUCUUCCUGUCCUGUCCCAUGGACGUAGAAGGCUCUCGGGUUUGGUUCACCGACCUGUGGAACUACUCCCUGGUGCCCUACCUGCUGGAGGCUGUCAGGGAGGGGCUGCAGCUGUACGGCAAAAGAGCCACCUGGGAAGAUCCGUCCAAGUGGGUGAACGACACAUAUCCAUGGAACGCUGCCUCGCUGCAGGUGGACGGCCAGUCGCUUCUCCAGCUGAGGCCAGAGGACGUGGGCUACGAUGGCUACAGCUCGUCCAAGGAGGGAGCCUCGUCCAAGCAGGUGUCCCAGAGUGACACCGAGGGAGACCCACUGAUGAACAUGUUGCUACGGCUGCAGGAGGCAGCCAAUUACUCCAGCACGCAGAGCUGCGACAGCGACAGCACCAGUCACCAUGACGACCAGCUGGACUCCUCACUGGAGUCGGCGCUAUGAGACCCAGAGCUGCGUCGGCAGACCGAACCUUAAGGGGGACCUUUAAAUUUCCGCCUGACACCUCCUGUAGCGCACAGAUGUAGGAUGUAUGGAAAGUUUUAUUAUCCAAAAUGAUACACCCGCCAUUUGAAAAAAACAUUUUUUUUACCUUACUAUGGUGCAAUAUUAAAAUUAUUAUUUUAUGAUUUUAUGAUUUGAAGCACAGCAUCCAACUCAGAUAAGGUCAGCUGGUUAUUUUUUAAUGUAUGUAUAACAUUUUAGAGUACAACUUUUCAUACAUGUGUAGGCAGGACAGGUCUGAUAAGGAUACAAAGUUAACUUUUAAGGAGUGAACAAACAAACAACAGAUCGUAGAUCGUGUUAGAAAAAAAACAGAAAGCCCAAAGUUUGAAUUGGAUUAUUUUUCUUUUCUUUUUUUUCAGAUAUAUCUUCAAAUGUUUACAAUGGUGGGAGGUAGUUCUGUUGUUUAUAACUUUCCUUGUUUAUAGAGGUGCUUCUCGUACAAACAUGCACACACACACACACACACAUGCUUAGCCACAGGCAGCAGGAGGAUACUGUCCUUUAAUCGGAGGCCCCCUCUCCCUCCUUGUGACCAUCCAGCCUGCCUGUUUCCACCUCGGGACCCUCAUCUCUAACUCCACUAAUGAUGGGGAGUCAAGAGAAUACUGUGGAACGUCGACAAGUGAUGCAGUGGUGGCCUGAUUGGCUGUUCACUGACGUUGUUAAAUAACACAUUCAGCCAAAGUGGCUGUUCACAAGCUAUUUUGAGUUUCAUUGUUGAGCACAGUCGCGUGUCUUGCCCGGCCUUCGGUUGAGGUGUGCUGGUCUCCCGCUCCGUGCCUCCUUGGUGUCAGGCGCUGCCACCCCUCCUCCCCCCCCCCCCGCUAUGCACGCAGACAACCAGCACAACGAAAGCGCCAUGGUCCUCGUGUCAUCUAGUGCUACCGUGGAGGAAAAAGAAAAUGGAAAAGUGCCAAUGUUUCCCUUAGAUUUACAUAUAGACUUGCCAAAUGAUGCAUGAUCGUCAACUUGGAUUUCCCGUCACUCUAUUGCUAAUAAUGUGUCACUUUAUCAGCAGACAGCACUUUCUGUGGGUCCUCAUGGAAUGAGGGUUCUUAAUUAAACCCCUCUCUUGAACAGCGGUUGUCCAAUCAGAAGCCCCCAUUACUCUGCAACCCUUUGGUGCACAUGGAGAUGCAGUUAGAGAGGAACUCUGUGUUCUAGAAGGUCUAGAAGGUCUCACAUGCAGAUGUUACCACAAUUUCCUGACAAUAUUACCACUUAGUAGUAAGAUAGCAUUAACAAAACAUAUUAGUCAUCAUUCUAAACGACUUUCCCAAUGUAUCUUUAAAAAGUGAGAAUACACAUAUAUGAAAAAGUAUGCAAGCUAUGAGCCAAACGGACGUAUCUACCCUCACUGGGGACAACGACAAUGCUUUUUCUUUACUUCCACGUGGACUGCAACUGAUUGGAUGCUGAGUGUUUGCCUAGGACAGGAUCUUCACGUCGGGAGCAAGUGCACAUAUUAGACAGCAGGGAAAAAAAUGUAUUGUGUAACAUUUAAUUAGCUAUAGAGUUACAGUUGAUCAAAUUUGAGUGGCAAAUAUGCAAUCUUUGUCACUGUACGCUGCACAAGGACCGGAACGGAAAGCCUAGCCGGCGUAGCAUCCGAUGCCAAAGGGAGCGUGGCUUGGCAAGACAUUUGCGUUACUCUGCAUGGAGAACCAAGCGGGCAGGGCAUUAUACUGAAACGGGGCAAUUCAGAAAGUAACGAGAAACUUGACUUUAACUCCAACAAAUACAAAUCAGAGCUAAACAAUUAACAAUGUAUCAGUCAUAUGAAAUUGAAUGAUGCAAUCUGACAGUGUCCUGUGGAACUCUCUGUCACUCAUUUAACUUUGUCUUGUUCACUAUCUGCACCCAUCUGGCAUCCAAAAAGAAAUCCAAAUGCUUUUGAAAAGAAAGUUAACACGAUUGGCCCAAGAGCUGAAUAGGGGGACAGUGAUACUGGUGCUUUCUCACUGCCUCAGAUGUGCAAAAGUUCAGGAAGCAUCCUCAGUGAGAAGAAGAGACGUUGAUGUUGGCCGAUGAUGAUCUGCUUCCUGCUACGUCAAAGAAGCUGCUUGUAGUCGGAAAAACAGCCUGUUUUGUUAUUACCUUCCUCCAAACCUCCCUUUCCUUGUUUCUGACAAAUAAAGUAUUUAAUAAUUGAUUAUGUAUUUUAAUUCAAAACUAACCAAUAUUGUAAAAAAAAAACAUAUAAAGAGAGGUUGGGGUGUUUUUUAGUUGUUGUUUUCUCAUCCAAUUGAGCUGGGCUCACUUGAACUGAUAGGAGCACAACCCAAGAGUUUGGGGGUUUUCUAGCCUAAUGAGCAUGUUUUAAAGCUUUUUAAAGGGGGGUGCAUUGAGAAGAGACCUUUACCAUUAUGUAUGCGUGUAAUGGACGGAAGCCAUUUAGAAUUUUGAUUGUCUUCUCUUUGUUUAACGAGCGGGUUGGUUUUGCACACUAUGAAGUUGGGCUGGAUUGUACUGUAUAUACUUCAGUCAUGCACAGGGAAUCAAAGAUGCAUUCAGCCCUGUUGAUGUAACAACAUGCUUAACUUGCUGAGUAAAUUAUUGUACUUUGAGAACAGAGAGAAAAAGAAAAAAUAUGAGUGCACAAACUCAAUACUCACAAACGGGUGUGUGUCUUGUGGUCAUUGGAUGUUUUUGCCUGUGCAGGAGGCAUAAUGUGUACAGUAAGAAAAAUGUUUUAACUCACUAAAAAAUCACAGACUGAGAACAAAAAAAAUGCACUUUUCCAAUAUCCUACUCUCCCCUCCCUCAGCUGUAAAGUUCUCUCGGUUCUCUCCAUCUUUAGGAAUCCUUGUUGUUCCUUAGAUGCUCCUCUCUGGACAUUUUUCACCCAAGCUCGUGUUUCUCCGGCUGUCCGAGGCAUCGAAGCUGAACUGACUGUAUACAUUUACCAACAACCAACAGGUGCUACUGGUCAGUCAAAGCCCACCGGAGACCAAGAAGUUGUGUUGUCACAACCUCAGGACAAUAAUACCUUCUACCAUCGUACCUGUUGCUCAGCUUCACAUGUGUAUCUAAGGCCAAGACUCUCACAGUCCCACGUAUACCUGCAAGGUUGUGUCCUUGCAUGGUACUGGGGUAGUUACGGGGCCGACCAGUGUUUCCUUACCUACAGUUGCACCCAUGCAUCACACCUGAGCUUAGACCUCCCACAAAUCACCCUCUCAGCUACUCUUCACUCCCGGUGUAGGCCAUGAGUUCCCGAGCUAGCAGAGCACUGACACCAUUAACAGUGUACGCCAUAGUGUUGAUGAUCAGCUGGUCGUGUUUCCCGCACAACACUUUGCAGUUACAUCUCAGUUAAAAAACCAUAGCAUUUACUCUGGUUUGAGGGAAAGUUGAAUUCUUUUUUCGGGGGUGGGGGGUAAAACAUUUGUGCUUAAAUGUUUUAUAUUUUGUACAUUUGUAUGUAACAUAUCAUGUAAAUAGACAGAGACAGUGAUUUAACUCAUCUGGAGGAUUUUGUAGUCUUUGUAAAGCCCUAAUAAAUGGUAUUUGGUGUCACAUGA